AUGAAGGAUAUAGGCGCAGCGUCAAUGUCCAAUAGGACAGCCGAACCAAAGCAACAAGAAGUGACAGCAGCAAUAACAAAUGUAGUGUACAUCCCUGCGACACCAGGAACGCAAUUUGGCGGAGAACUCUUUGACAGGACAGUGGUUCGACUCUCGGCAUCGCGCUACUUCCCGAAACGUCUUGUGGAAAUAUGCAUUUUGAUGGUAGAAAUCAUCAUACUAAAUAUACCUGAAUGGAUAUUGGGAGAGAAAGGCCUGCCAAACGUGCCUCCAGUCGAAAAGCGGAUUGCAAGUUCUAUCGCCUCCAGCAAAGUGGUGAUUGCAGAUGCAGUUUCCAAAGGCGAACGACGCAAGGUAGCUGUAAUAACAGGCGAUAGGGCGACCGAAGCUGGUAUUCAAGCGGUUAAAUCAAUCAAAGCCAAGACGGGUAACAUGAACGUGGAGUUCCUCUAUCUUGAUCUCGGUUCCCUCAAGGACGUACAGGCCUUUGUGCAGAACGUAUCCAAGCGCACCUCUGCUGUUGACCUUCUUAUCAACAAUGCUGGCGUGAUGGAUUUACCAAAUUUCCGGCCCACGGCUGAAGGUCAUGACAGCCAAUUUGGAAUCAAUCAUUUGGGGCACUAUUUCCUUACAUAUCUGCUGUUACCCUUAGUCAAGAAAGCACCUAAGGCCCGCAUUGUGAUGCUGACAUCAUCAGCGCACUAUGGGGCGACUGAGAUCAAUUAUCGUGGCAUUACAUCUGCCAAGUAUUAUGAUCGUAUCCAUAACUAUUGCUCAUCUAAGCUGGCAACCGUGCUGUUUGUCCGUCAUCUAGCUCGUAGCCUUGCUAAGACACAUCCUAAUAUCACCGUAAACUGCCUGCACCCUGGCGUGUGCUACACAGGGCUAUUCAACUAUUCCUGGACAUUGUACAUUAUUACACGACUCGGCUUCAAAUAUCUGUUGAGGACACCAACACGGGGCGCGAGAACAGUCUUGUAUCUUGCGUUGAGUGAAGAGGUCGAAGGGAUCUCUGGAGAGUUUUGGUUUGAUGAACGAAUCCGACAGCGUAACCCUGUAGCUAAUGAUUUAAAUCUUCAGAAGGAGUUGAUGAGGUAUAGCAACAAGGCUGUCGGCUUUAUGGAAGACCAGGAUCUGUAG